AUUUUAUCCUGCUCUUUCAGACUUGAAAGGACUUUCAGUUCUGUUUCCAAGUACUCUCAUCUCCCACCGUGUCAUCGGUGGACAACCAUCCGUACAACACCACACCUGCAGUGCAGAUAAAUCCCCGCGAUAAGCCUCAAGUUCACAAGAGCAGACCACUCUAUCAGUAGCUUCGCCGGCGGUGAAAUUCCCUGGUAGAUAGUGAACCGAUAAUCCUGACAUACGUCUCGAUCAAACGAGAAGAAAGAGACUUGCACCAUGGCUCAGCAGAAACCUAUCUUCGUUGCAACCCAUCCCCGGGCUUGCUCGACGGCUUUUGAGCGGGUCUUUAUGACUCAGAGAGAUACAAUCAAGUGUAUCCAUGAGCCCUUCGGCGAUGCAUUCUACUACGGCCCUGAGAGGCUCUCAGAUCGGUACGAGGCUGACGAGAAGGGGCGGAUUGAGAGCGGAUUCAGCGAGUCUACGUACAAAACUAUCCUCGAGAGGAUUGAGCGCGAAGGAAGGGAAAAUGAGGGCAAGAGAAUAUUCAUUAAAGACAUCCUGCAUUAUCUCUUACCUCCGCACGGCAAACCCGCCAGUAUUGCGCCUUCCCUCAACAGAAUCAAGCGCGGCGUAGGCACAGAGACAGCUACUGCUGAACACCCGACGGCCGUUGGCAGUGACGGAGAUUCCAACGCCAACGGCCACCACCCGGCUGCCAACGGCGCUACCAAUGGCAGCGCGAAUGGCAGCGAGAUAAAAAAGGGCAACAGCACAGCGCCCUACCCAUACGACACUCCCUCUGAACCAGGAAACCCGACCGUCAUCCCCAAGGAGAUUUUGGAAACAUUCCACUUUGCCUUCCUUAUCCGCGAUCCGCAUUACAGCGUCCCCUCCUACUACCGCUGUACAAUUCCUCCUCUCGACGCCACCACGGGCUUCACCUACUACGACCCCGCUGAAGCUGGGUAUGACGAGAUGCGCCGGUUCUUCGAGUACCUGCGGGCUGAGGGCCUAGUGGGACCUCAUGUUGCAACUCACGAGGCAGACGCCGACGAGAUCCUUGCCAGUGCCCAGGAUGGUCAGCAGAAGCCUACGCAUAAACCUGUCUCCAGCCCGGAUGCUGGCAUCGGCGCGGAGAUCUGUGUCGUCGACGCGGAUGAUAUGCUCGAUAGUCCAGCGGCGAUGAUGGAGGCGUUUUGCCGUAGCGUCGGGAUCACGUAUACGGACGCCAUGCUAAACUGGGAUAACGAGGAGGAUCAUGAGUACGCGCGGGAGGCGUUUGAGAAGUGGAAUGGAUUUCACAACGAUGCAAUCGAUUCAAGAGGGUUGACUGCUAGGAAGCAUCCCCGUGCCCCCAGAUCCGAAGAACAGUUCGACGCCGAGUGGCGCGAGAAAUACGGCGAGGAGGGCGCCGCCCUGAUCCGCAAGACGGUCAACGCCAACAUGGCCGACUACCUCUUCCUCAAGCAGUUCGCGAUGAAAGUCUAGGUGCCGUGGUCAAGCCGUGCAGGUCAUACCUAUGCAGGUACCGACCGAGCAAAUGAGUACGUACACUCCAUAACAAGUUGAUUCGAGAUGAGAAAAGGAAGGCAUGGCCAGCAACCAGCCGUGGGGGUUGAAGACGAUGACAAGAAAGAAAUUGAAUCAGAUCGACUUGAAAGUUGAGAGGAUUAUCCUAGGCGAUGGAAUGGGAUUAGGAUAUAUGUCGCGAUGAGAGCCUUUGAUCACGCAAUCUGCACUAUGGAAAUCUAUAUUGGAUGAAUUUGCCUGUUAUGCACGAUACUCGAAACGCUUUGACUUCAGUUUUGCUUUUUUCCUAGGUUUGUUUUUCUUGUUCUGUUUGCAAAUUGUGUGUUUCUGAAUGAAGGGAGAAUGUAUCCAUCUUGACUGGAACUGUUGUGAGCUAAAGUCUAGCUAGCUAGCACGUCCCAGUACCUAGUUCGAAGGAAGUAAUUGCUCGUUCAACCAUUUCAGGAUACAGAACCUAUGAGGGUCAACGGCCGAAGCCGAAGACUG